AACGCUUGCGAGCUGUUGGCGGCCUUACGAUCACUUACGAUCGAUCGGUUCGACUUGGUUUCGCAGCAGAAGAUUGAGCGCGUCACGGUACACGUACAUAAAUAUCAAUAAAAUUGCCGCAACUCCGCUAAUUCAAUUCAGUAUUGCGGCGUUUUUCAAACAAGACAGAUGAGCUUAAAAGAAUUGGAACCAAAGUCGACAACGGAUGAAUACCUAAGUCAAAGCGCAUCGGCAGUGAAUGGACGAAGCGAAAGUUGAAUAAAAAAAAGAUUUACAUAUAAACAAAAUAUAUACAUAUUUUCAUACAUAAGAAGGAAUAAAAAACAGCACUUAAAGAACGGAAAGUGAAUCGCCGACUUAAUGAUAGAAGAUUUCAUAAUUUAUAUAACUAGUAUAGCAAAAAUCUGCGCAUUAAGGAAAAUAGACUUUUGCUAAAACAAAAGUGAAGACUGUAUACUUUUCCGAUUGCAAUUCUUGAAAAUAAUUAAAUUUUAAUCGCUUAAUAGUAAUGUGUUAAAAAAAGGAAAAAAAUGUGCUGUGAAUAAUUAAUUCGAAAACUAUUUUUGGGCAGUGAUCGUUGCAUUGCUAAAAUGUGAAUAACUGUUAAAAUAACAACAUUAACAUAAAAACUAAUAAGGUUGUGAGAAGACAUUAAAAUAAGCAAAUAAAAAAGUAAUAAUUGCUGGUGAAAUAUUUACUAAAGAACAACAAAAAAAAACAACAAACUCAGAAUGUACAUAUCAAACUCCACUGGUGGUCUAAUGCUACAGACGAUGCUCUAUUUGGCAAACCAGACCAGUAGAGCUGCAGUGAAUACCUUAGUCGAUCUGCCGCCAUCACAGAAGAGUGAUGUCAAUGAAGUUAAAUGUUAUGGUGUUUAUGGUUGCUUUCCAUUGGAUGGGCCAUGGACUACACCGACGCGGCAGAUCAACGUACAUCCGCAUAAACCUUCACAAAUAGAGCCACAUUUUACGUUGCAUACGAGGCGGAACUUAGAUCAGCCGAAAUUUAUAGAUCUCAAUGAUCCAGAGGCUGUGACACAUUUGGGCAUAAAUCCAGAGGGAAAGAUUUUCCUGAUCUCACAUGGUUAUAUAGAAAAUGGACUUGUAGAGUGGAUGAAAGAUAUGGCCAAAGCUUUGUUGCACAGCGAGGAGGAGGGUAAUGCCGCUGUCAUACUAAUCGACUGGGGUGGCGGCUCCAACCCACCAUACGUGCAGGCGGUCGCAAAUAUACGGCUAGUCGGCGCCAUCGCUGCACAUGUCAUACAUAUGAUCUACGAGGAGCUGCACCUGCCGGACUUGCGCAAUGUGCACUUCAUCGGCCACUCGCUUGGCUCACACCUGGCUGGCUAUGCCGGCUAUCAUUUGCAACGUGAUUUUGGUCUUAAACUUGGCCGCAUUACUGGCCUGGAUCCAGCGGGACCACUUUUUGCCGACACUGAGUCCAUUGUGCGACUAGAUCGUUCAGAUGCAGACUUCGUCGAUGCUAUACAUACGGAUGCAAAUCCCUUUUUGAAAGGUGGUUUAGGCAUUUUCCAACGUGUCGGCCAUGUUGAUUUCUACCCGAAUGGUGGUUCGGAAAAUCCCGGCUGUGAUGUGCGACUGCAGGAUUAUAUGAAAGGACGCAAGAGUUCGGUGUUCUUGAGCAUGCAGGAGUUCUUGAGCUGUAACCAUAUACGUAGCUAUCAGUAUUUCACCGAGAGUGUGUUGAGCAAGUGUCCUUUCUUGGGCAUCACAUGUGAGUCGUAUGAGGCGUUCAAGGAGGGGAUGUGCGCGCGUUGCAAUGAAGAUGGACAGCUUUGCAUGCGCAUGGGCUUCCACACCUACACGGACUACAAAGAGCUGUCAGCAGCUGGUGCGUUAGAAGCGAAUAAGCCGCCAGUGUUGUACCUGACAACGGCCGAUAAGAGACCCUUCUGUCGCAAUCAUUACAAGAUUACAGUGCGCGUAUCCGGUCACGAUGAGAGCACGAUGCACGGUGGCGAGAUUGGCACCAUCUCAGUGCGGCUGCAUUCCAAAACGCACGGGAAAAAAUCCAACGCCGAACGUAUACGUUUCUCCCAGAAGGCUAUGUACUUUGAGCCAGGUUUCGAAUAUAGCGCCAUGGUGUCGGGAAGGGAUGUAGCCGAUCCGGCGCAACACGCCUCGGUUUUCUGGGAAUAUCAAACAAAUUUCCUGAAUCCACUCACAUGGCGUAUCCUCGCUUCGCCGCGUAUUUACCUCGAUUAUGUAAUAAUUGAGUCGCUGGAGCAUCCCGAAAUGCAGCUGCAAUUGUGUCCGCUGAAAGAGAACCCUGUGAUAUCUGGCACAGAGAAUAUCAUGCAGGAGAAGUACUGCCAGUGAUUCUAGCAUACUUGAUAGUCUCGAUAUUUUCACGUAAAAAUGCAUUUAAGUUACACGAAUUGCAACGCCCGGAAAACAUAACAAACAUGGCAAACGCAAAGGAAAGGAAAGAAGAGAAAAGAAGAAGAAAUUUCCCAGUUCGGCUGACUUCCGGUUGUGCAUUUGGUCCCAAACCGAUUCCACAACUUGGCUUGCGGCGACAUCUAGUGCUUCGUUCAGGCGAAUAUGACGUCGGUUACUUCACACAGAUGUCGCCUGAUAGUCACACUAGCCACUGCACAAACCAUUUGAGAAGAGUUUGAGCUCUUCUCUUCUCAGAGAUAAAAAUAUACUCUUCUCGUUUUCGGAGAAGAUUUUGACGUGCCGUUCUCAUCCCAUCCGAAUGUGUAGAGAAGGAAUUGCUUGUUAGCGAAGCAAUUUAUUGAUGAGUAGCCUGCGGAUUUUUAUGCAGAACACGGAGCCUAAAAAUAUGUACCCCAUAACUAUGAGCAAAAUGUAUACAAAUUUAUUUAUUUUGCUUACACUUAAGUGAUACAUAUUGUUAGGCUACGUUUUCUGCAUAAAAAUCCGCAGUCAAUUGUUGAGUGACCAUUCCGAAAGGAAUUUGGAGUGAAAUCAUUUGUAGAUACAUAUAUACAUAUAUGUACAUACUUACAUAUGUACAUAAUACAUACAUGCAUCCAUACAUAUGUAU